AUGAUGGACAAUAGAAGCUACUCUAACAUGCCAGACAAACUGCCUGUCUUCACUGAUUCCUCCCACUUGCCACUGACCAGGUCCUUCUAUCUGGACCCCAUGGUCACGUUCCACCUCUACCCAGAAGGCCCAGUGCCAUCCCCUUACUCGGAAAACUUGCCAUUGCUGCCUUUUUCCAGUGACUCCCUGAUUAUGGAAAAUUAUGGUGAACCCUGUGCCUUCUCCUUCCCAAUGCCUUAUCCAAAUUACAGAAGGUGCGACUAUUCCUACGGGCCAGCCUUUAUCCGGAAAAGGAAUGAGCGGGAAAGGCAGCGGGUGAAAUGUGUCAAUGAAGGCUAUGCUCAGCUCCGACAUCAUCUGCCAGAGGAGUAUUUGGAGAAACGCCUCAGCAAAGUGGAAACCCUCAGAGCUGCCAUCAAGUACAUUAAUUACCUCCAGUCCCUGCUGUACCCUGAUGAGGCUGAGACCAAGAAUAAUCCCAGGAAAGGUUCCUCCAUAAUGGCAACCACCACCCGCCACUCUGACUCCAUUUUUAGAAUCAUUUGAUUCCAUGUUUCCAAAUAGAAACACUUUCACAAAAUCUGGUCCCCUACAUUAUUCAGUAGUUUCCCUAAUGUCAUUUUUGUGUGGGCAGAUAAUAGUUCAAAUGCUAACAGAUGCUGGAUAUGUUUUACUUGGAUUUCAGAUGUACUAAACAUUAUCUUAUGUAGACUGAGAAAAUGCUUCUUAAGCUUUGGUGAUUUCUUUCAAGAACAUUAGGGAAUCAGGAGUCCUGAAAAUUCUCUAUGCCUCUCAACUUGCCCUUCUCCCACCCUUGACCAGAGUCUCAGGUGCGAGAAACUCACAAAAGUAAUGUAAAGGAUGAUUAAUGCCUAGUCAAUGCACUUUGCAGAUGUUUCAUGCUAAGCAGCACAAUGAAGCUUUCUUGAUUUGUCAAAAUUUGGUGAGUUUUAUUACUUGGGGUUAGCAAGAAAUUUACGCCUUACCCAUAACAUGAUGGGGAAGUAUUUUGGGGCUAAAGCAAAAGUAAUUAACAAAACCUUGUUGUCAUUUGAAAUUAUUUCAGAAUCAUCUUUGUCCUGCAUGCAGCAGACAUCCUCUGGUAGCUUAGUGUAGGGCCUAAGCGGGCAGGCUCUGCAGUCAUAUUGCUCUGUUUACAUUCUGACUUUGCUGCCUCUCCCUGUGUCUUUCCAGUUCUUCAUCCACAGAAAGAGUAACAGCAACUACCCCAUAUGUUUAUUAUGAGGAUCACCAGCACCUGACACAUAAUGUUUUUAUAAUCAUUAUUUUUAAAAAUUAUUAUUAUCCUUUUUUUGUCCAUAGCAUCAUCAUUCUUCAGGUUCUCUAGGCCAGAUAAUGUGGGAAGGACAGUGAUCCCACCUGUCUUCGAGUCUUCCUUCAAAAUGUCUAUUUCUAUUCCCAAGAUGAGCUUCAAUGCUUCUGUCUUCCUUAACCCCCAGGUCCCAUCUGUCACCAAGCCCAGGCAGGACUUCCAACACACUGUCACAUUCAUUUCCACUGUCACCUCUUUUAUGAAGUCUUUCCAUCACAGCCAUUACUUGUUCCUUUAUUUUGCACACAUAUUUCCUUGCCAUUCCCAUCCUGCUAUUUUGACUCCCCUUGCACACUUGUCUCUGUCUUCAGUAGACUGUGAGCUCCUUGAAG